AUGGCUCACCCGCCACACGUAUCGGCAGCCACCUACAUCGUGCGGUAUCCUACUACCUCCCGCUCUUCUGUUGCUACGACUGUCUUUAAUCUUGGAGAUCCCGGCACCGAGAGAUCUUCGCUGGUGACACCGGUUAUUGCACCUACCUUGAGCGAGUCUAAAUCAACCGCGGCGGUGCUUGUAAAAAGCGGUGAUGCGGCGUUCAUCACAGUGGCCACUGAAAAUGCCACCAUCUACUACACUACGGACGGUUCGACACCACUGAGCACGAAUGCAAGCCAGAUAUACGCUGCUGGCACUCGAAUCACGGUGUCUGGAUCAUCAGGGGAUAAACUAGUUGUCAAGGCCAUUGCUGUCAAAUCAGGCCAGAGCAGCACAGUAGUAACCCAGACAUAUCAGAUCGCUUCAGAUCCAUCACAAGUUCCCAUUUUCGCGCCUAUUAUUAAUUGGACGUCCGGUACCUACUCACAGACAUCAAUUGCCUUCCAGACAAACGGAAUUAGGAUUUACUGCCCAUCAUACAUGACUAACUGCUACUACACCGUGGAUGAUCUCGAUCCAGAUCCGCCGAUGUUGGGAGACAAUCUUGGCUUCGGCUCCCGAGAUCAGACCAUUUGGCAAGACCCUCAAGAUGGACUGCAUUAUCAGAUCACUGCUACCGAUAAUCUCUACGUGCGUGUCUGGCAACUCAACGAUGAUCUUACGGAUGUCGUGCCUGAGAGCGAGUUCGAUGUCUUUGUCGGCCAGUCGCGUGAGGCACCUGCCCUGGUACGCAACGGGGGUGCAAGUGGCAAGUACGUAUACAUCGUGACGUCUACUCAAAGCGGUUGGUAUCCCAAUCAGGCAAUGUACAAGCGAGCCACGAGCAUCCAGGCAGGCUUUUCACUGUCCCGCGACAGCAAAUCAGGAUACCGAGAUGGAACGUCAUUGUGGUCUACACUUACCCCUAUCGGCGAUGCAAGCACCUUCGGCAGUCAAUCAACAUGGAUCCUGAACAUCGGAACUGAUGUCAGCCCAUCAUACGUGUACAUUGGGGACCGAUAUAACGUUCCUAGCCUUGCGCAGUCAUCCUAUGUAUUUACUCCCCUUUAUAUCGACGACAAUACGGCAGGGGAGAACGGGGUUUCUGGAAGUGGCAACAUGACGCUCGUUUUCGAUCCACAACCAGCCAUUCAGGUGGCUAGCAAUCGUAUUGCUCAACCACCAUGGCGGUUGCUGUCGCUGAACAAGCCCGUCUCGGCCACUAGUUCCAUUGCCCUCACUGCUGCUCAGGCUGCAGCCGGCACCUACAACUACAGCGCAUCUGUGGCCAACGACGGUGUCAAUUUUGACGAGAAUGCAUACGACGCCGUCCAGCAAUACUAUCUCCCCGUGACUGUGCCGUAUUUCUGGCAGGUUGAUUUGCAAAAAUCCUAUGCUCUAUCUUGGAUUGGGCUGUCGUUUCGCAGCGUUUCGGGUUCGGAUGCCGUGGCGCGGUAUACGGCGAGCGCGAGCAAAGACAAUUCGACGUGGACUCUGCUCGUGGACAACACGGGGAACGCUCUGCCUGGGUACAAGUCGCACAUGGUGAGUGGAAGAUACCGCUAUGUUAGGAUCGAUGUCAGCAGCAUCUACGACGUGGUUCAUGGCACGUCGGCGGCUUGGGAAGCGGGAUUGUAUGAAGCCAGUGUCUAUGGAAGUUGUUAA